UCCUGUAAUACUCAGUUUGAUUGAUCUAUUUAUAAACAUACAGUGUAUAAAGAAUUAAAACACGGUAAACUGAGAUAAGAAAAGCAUUUUAAUUAUAUGUCAGAGAUUAAUAUUUAAUUUUAUUUUAUAAUCUCACCAUACUAGUAUACAUUUAAAGCACAUUUAUCGAAAUAGCAUUUCGUAUUGAAAAUGGACUAACCUUGCUGAAUAAUAAUCGCUUAAUGUAACAUAAAAAUCGACUUACGAAAUUCAGUUCAAUUGAAAUGGAAUCCUGCUUCAGAUUUUUUAUUUGAUUCAUUCAUAUUAGGAUUUCCCAAAAAAAAUUAUGAAAAGAAGAUUCAGAAUAAAUUGACAAGUGUAAUUGGAUCCGCAACUCAUAAUGUCUCUGAAGCCGAAAGUUGUUGAUUUCAAUGAAACUUGGAACGUCUUACAACAAACCAUUAGAGGUGUUCUAACUUUGGCAGAUAUUCCUAGGGCAACGUGGAACGAUAGAUUCAGUGACGUUUAUUCAUUGUGCGUUGCAUAUCCUGAACCGCUUGCUGAUCGCUUAUAUAAUGAAACUGAAAAAUUUCUCAAUGAACAUGUUACCAGUUUAUUAAAAAAUGUAAAUGCAAAAGGAGAAAAAUGCUUACUUCAAGCUUACCAUUCAGCUUGGAGCGAGUACUCUCAAGGCCUGAACUAUUUACAUCAGUUAUACCUUUAUUUAAAUCAACAACAUAUCAAAAAGGCAAAACUCAGUGAAGCUGAAAUUAUUUACGGACCAAACUCAGUGUUGGCCUAUCAAAAUCCGGAUCAAAAAGAAAUAGGAGAACUUGGACUGUUUAUUUGGAAAAUAAAAAUGAUCGAGUCUUUAAAAACUUCUCUUGUCGCAAUUCUACUUGAAGAAAUUCAUGCUGAUAGAUUAGGAGAGGCUCAAAUAAGUACGACAGAUGUUAUUUGUGGUGUUAUUGAUAGCUUUGUAAGAGUUGAAGAGUACAAAACGAAAGGACAAUUAGAUUUUUAUCAAGAAAUUUUUGAAACUCAGUUUCUAAACCAAAGUGGAGACUUUUACUCAAGAGAGGCUUCAGAAUUAUUACAACAAUCUAAUGUUACCCGCUACAUGGAACGAGUUACAUGGCGGCUAAGUCAAGAGGAAUUAAGGGCGCAUAAAUUUCUUCAUGUAACGUCAGUUUCCAAAGUAAAACAUUGUUGCGAGGAAAAAAUGGUUGCAGCUCACGUUGAAUGGUUACAUACAGAAGUGGACGAUAUGAUUAAAAACGAGCGUAGGAAAGAUCUAUCUCUUAUCUAUACUUUGCUAAAACCGCUUCCUUCUGGAUUGAUACAUUUAGUCGAUAAAUUAGCUGACCACAUAGCUGAUGAAGGAAUAAAAGUAAUCGGAUUACUUAAUGGUGAUAAUAUUCAUGUGCAAUUCAUUGAAAAUAUGUUAGAUGUACAUACGAAGUAUAUGGAAAUGAUCAAAGACUUAUUUAAGGGUGAUCAAACAUUUGUUGGGGCUCUAGACAAGGCAUGUUCAACUGUUGUAAAUCACCGAGUAUCUCCUCGGCAACCUACGCGAGCUCCUGAGUUGCUGGCCAAGUACUGUGAUUCUUUGCUGAAGAAAUCAUCUAAAGUAGCAUCAGAAAGUGAAGUGGAAGAAAAAUUAGCACGAUCAAUCACUAUAUUUAAAUACGUAGAUGAUAAAGAUGUUUUUCAAAAAUUUUACGCUCGAAUGUUAGCCAAACGAUUAAUUCAUCAGCAAUCUCAAUCUAUGGAUACUGAAGAAAUAAUGAUAGAUAAACUUAAACAGGCGUGUGGUUAUGAAUUUACAAAUAAAUUGCAUCGUAUGUUUACUGAUAUGACCGUUUCAGCUGAUUUAAAUACAAAAUUUGUUGCGUACUUACGAGAAAAUAAAACCGGAAACGAUUUAGGCAUUGGUUUUAUGGUGUAUGUGCUACAAGCUGGAGCUUGGCCUUUAGGUCUUCCGCCAUCCCCUGGUCUUUUUCAUGUACCGCAACAACUUGAAAAAUCUGUGCAAGCAUUUGAACAAUUUUAUCACGCGCAAUUUAGCGGUAGAAAACUGACUUGGCUACAUCAUCUUUGUCAAGGAGAAUUAAAAUUAAAUUAUUUAAAGAAACCUUACUUAGUAACAGUUCAAACAUACCAGAUGGCUUUAUUACUUUUAUUCGAACAAUCUAAUACCAUUUCUUGUAAGGAAGCAGCCUCGUCGUUACACUUAUCACAUGAUCAACUCGUAAAACACGCUGCUUCUUUAAUAGAAAGUAAAAUUUUGAAAAAAUCUCCCGAAACUGAUUUACAAGAAGACUCAACUUUGAUAUUAAAUACGAAUUACUACAAUAAAAGAACUAAAUUUCGUAUAACAGGAGCACUGCAGCGUGAUUCUCCUCAAGAAGCUGAAGCAACACAUCGUAGUGUAGAUGAUGAUCGAAAAUUAUAUUUACAAGCUGCAAUAGUGCGAAUAAUGAAAAGUCGUAAAAUUUUAAAACAUAAUCAACUUGUUCAAGAGGUUCUUGGACAAUCGAAAGUUUCAUUCGCACCAUCAAUCUCAAUUAUAAAAAAGUGUAUUGAAAACUUGAUUGACAAACAAUACAUCGAACGCACAUCUUCAAGUGCAGAUGAAUACGCAUAUGUUGCGUGAAACGUCUAUUUGAUAAACUAAAUAUUGUUAUAAAUAAAAAAUUUUCGCAUAGUUA